AGGUCUUCCCUAGGGGACGUGCUGAUGAGUUUCACUUAUUCCUGAGUCUGGUGGAUAUUGAAAGCUGUGGCUGAGAAACCUCAUGCUGAUCUUUGCCUCUCUCUGAGAAAGAGGCCUGCCCCCAGAACAGCCAAGACCUGCUUGGAUCAGCUUUGAAUUCCUAUCUCUGCCAACAGCUGCCUAGCAAGUCCAUGGGAUUUCACUGAGCCAGUUUAAUACUUGUAGUCAGACAGUUUAAACCCAUUAGCUCCCAGCUAGUGGAGUAAAUUUGCUCUGCCAACCCCAGCUCUCAGGCAGAUUUUGCCAAUCAAAACCAAAGAGAGAAACAAAAAUAACUAUAAAUUUAAUAAAGAUUGCAGCCUGCACUGUAAGAGCUAAACGCUGAAGCAAAAUGCCUCUGGUUAGAUCACUGUCUGUGACCUCUCUUAAUGGACUUCCUCAGUGGGAGGAUGAAGACCUGCCAGUGGAGGAUUUAUUGCUCUUUGAAGUCGCUUGGGAAGUUACCAAUAAAGUUGGUGGCAUCUACACUGUGAUCCAGACAAAAGCCAAAAUUACAACUGACGAAUGGGGUGAAAAUUAUUUUCUGAUCGGUCCCUACUUUGAGCACAACGUGAAGACUCAGGUAGAGGUGUGCGAGCCUCCGAACCCAGCAAUUAAAAAGGCAGUGGACACGUUGAAAGGCCAGGGGUGUCAGGUAUUUUUUGGAAGAUGGCUGAUAGAAGGCAGCCCAUACGUUAUGCUCUUUGACAUAGGAUCAGCAGCCUGGAAUCUGGACAGAUGGAAAGGAGAAUUCUGGGAUGCAUGCAACAUAGGAAUCCCUUUUAAUGACAGAGAAGCCAACGAUGCACUGAUCUUUGGAUCAUUGACUGCCUGGUUCUUUAAAGAGCUCACCAGCCAGUUUGAUGACAAGCCCAACUUGAUUGCUCACUUUCAUGAAUGGCAGGCAGGUGCUGGGCUAAUCCUCUCUCGAUUUAGGAAACUUCCUGUUGCCACAGUCUUUACUACCCAUGCCACACUGCUCGGGAGGUACCUGUGUGCAGCAAGUAUAGAUUUCUACAACAAACUUGACCAGUUUGACAUAGACAAAGAAGCAGGAGAGAGAGAGAUUUACCAUCGGUACUGUAUGGAACGGGCGUCUGUACAUUGUGCCCAUGUUUUCACCACGGUUUCUCAGAUAACAGCCAUAGAAGCAGAACACAUGCUUAAGAGAAAAGCCGAUGUUGUUACUCCAAAUGGCUUGAACAUUAAGAAAUUUUCAGCAAUGCAUGAGUUUCAGAAUUUGCAUGCCAUGUACAAGGCUAGGAUCCAAGAGUUCGUUCGAGGCCAUUUCUAUGGCCAUCUUGACUUCAACCUUGCAAGGACCUUGUUUUUCUUCAUCGCUGGGAGAUACGAAUAUUCAAACAAAGGAGCUGAUUUGUUUCUAGAGGCCUUAUCCAGAUUAAACUUCCUGCUGCGGGUUCACAGAAGUGAUGUUACAGUCGUAGUGUUCUUCAUCAUGCCAGCAAAGACGAACAAUUUCAAUGUGGAAACACUGAAAGGCCAAGCAGUACGAAAGCAACUAUGGGACACCGCACAAUGUGUGAAAGAAAAAUUUGGAAAGAAACUCUACGAUGCACUACUGAAGGGAGAAAUUCCAGAUUUGAACAAGAUCCUUGACCGGGAUGAUGUAACCAUUAUGAAAAGAGCCAUCUUUUCAACUCAGCGACAGUCUCUGCCUCCAGUAACCACCCACAACAUGAUCGAUGAUUCCAAUGACCCGAUCCUCAAUACCAUUCGGCGCAUCGGACUCUUCAAUAACCGCACAGACAGAGUUAAGGUGAUAUUACACCCAGAGUUCCUGUCUUCAACAAGUCCAUUAUUACCCAUGGACUAUGAAGAUUUUGUCAGAGGCUGCCAUUUGGGGGUGUUUCCCUCAUACUAUGAGCCUUGGGGUUACACUCCAGCUGAGUGCACUGUGAUGGGCAUUCCCAGUGUGACCACAAACCUCUCUGGAUUUGGCUGUUUCAUGCAGGAGCAUGUAGCUGACCCAGCUGCUUAUGGUAUUUACAUAGUUGACAGGAGGUACCGCUCUCCCGAUGAGUCAUGUAACCAGCUGACUCAGUUCUUGUAUGGAUUUUGCCAGCAGUCACGGCGUCAGAGGAUCAUCCAGAGAAAUCGAACUGAGAGGCUCUCAGACCUACUGGACUGGAGAUAUUUAGGCAGGUACUACAUGCAUGCCAGACACCUGGCUCUGAGCAGAACUUUCCCAGAUAAAUUUGAGAUGGAACCAAAUGCUCCACCAAAGACGGAAGGUUUCAGGUACCCCAGGCCUUCAUCAGUACCACCAUCGCCUUCUGUCUCUCAGCAUUCCAGCCCUCAUCAUAGCGAGGAUGAAGAUGAGGAUGAAAGAUACGACGAGGAUGAAGAGGCCGAAAGAGACAGACAAAACAUAAAGUCACCUUUGUCCCUUGGAGCACUGCCACAAAGAAAGAAAAAGCAGCAUGGAGAAUAUAGGAACUGAAUUCCUUUGCUGUCACCGCAACAUGGUCUUUAUCCGCUAAAGAGCAUCCAAGUGUAGGCUAGUCAAUCUCUGUGUUAAGGGCAGUGCAGUGUGGUUAGGGAAUCUUAAACAAACAUUACUUGGGUUAAACUGUUUGAAAACCUAAUUAUAUUUUACCUUACAAGUAAAUGGUAAUUCUCCUCUCUGCCUUGGAGGUAGAAGAAGAGAUUUUUCAAAGCUUAUUUAACCUAGAGAAUGUGAUAAACUCCGUGUGAUAGCUCCAGCUCGAUUGCGCAUACUGUAGAUCAUAUUUUUGUCUGUAUAAUUAUUUGAACUUAGUUGUAAUCCAUGAAGAAAGGUCCAUUAUAGUCAUUCCAAAUGAAUACCUACUCCCAGCCCUUCCUCUCCCCUUGCAAAGAGACACCACCUUUGAGCCCUGAACUGGAACAUUUUGAAGAAAUUGUUACCAGGGAAAACCUUGGCAGAGUUUAAAAAAAAAAAAUGUUGAAAAGAAAA